ACGUACUUACACAAUUAGUGCGCCGCCACCGUUCAGACGCAAGAAAAUUAAAAGUUUAAUUUUCCACCGAAACUGUAAAUUGUGUUAAAUUAAUUAUCAAUUUUUGUGAUAAAUUUAGUGGUGGUUUCGCGGCGGGUAUAAUAUCACAAACUUACCACAGCCAUGCCUGAAGUGCGACUGGAAGAGGUCCAGAGGUUCAUGGAGGACUGCCUCAGGGGGGCCGGCGCUCCGGUCGCGGAGGCGAAGGCUCAUGCCGAGCUGUUGCUCCAUGCUGACGUCACGGGUCAUUACAGCCAUGGGCUGAAUAGACUUGAGUUAUACAUAAACGACAUAAAGUCAGGCGCAACAGAUCCCAACGCCAAACCAGUCAUCCUGAAGGAAUCGGCAGCCACAGCCUGGGUGGACGGAGGUAACGCCCUGGGAGCCACUGUCGGGAACUUCUGCAUGGAUGUAGCUAUCAGAAAAGCUAAGGAGUCUGGAGUGGGAUGGGUUUCUGCUAAAGGUUGCAAUCACUUCGGUAUGGCCGGAUGGUGGGCUCUGAAGGCGGAGCGACAGGGGCUGAUCGGCAUGGCUUUCACCAACUCCUCGCCUAUCAUGGUGCCUACUAGGUCUAAAGAGCGUGCGUGUGGCACAAACCCUGUCGCAAUGUUCGCGCCUGCGGCUGACGGCGAUUCACUGGGCGUCGACAUGGCCAGCACCACUGCUGCUAUGGGGAAGAUAGAAGUGCAAAUUCAUAAAGGAGAAUCCAUACCUCAUGGAUGGGCUUUAGGUCCCGAUGGGAAGACUACAAGCGAUGCUCAAUUGGCGUUCAACACCGGUCACCUGUUGCCUUUGGGUGGGUUCGAGCAAACCAGCGGUUACAAAGGGUUCUGCCUCAGCGCCAUGAUUGAAGUAUUCUGUAGCGGACUCUCGGGGGCAAACGCAACGCACAAUAUACGAGGCUGGGCCCUCGACAGUAAAGAAGGACCACCUAACUUAGGGCAGUGCUUUGCAGUAAUCAACCCUGAGUGCUUCGCGCCAGGCUUCGCGGAGAGAGUAGCAGACUGCUUGAGAACGUAUAGGAACUUACAACCGGUGGACCCAUCAUUACCAGUGCUAGCUCCCGGUGACAAGGAGCGCAUAAAUGCAGAGAAGACCAAAUCACGUGGGACGAUUGUCUAUGCUCAGAGGCAGGUCGACGUUAGCAACGCCGUGGCUGCCACUGUUGGUGUCAGACCUUUGCAGGUCGUCGCAUAGGUUGAUACUGGCCGGAUGGAAUAACGUUCUGUUUAUUACUUUUUUGUUGUUGUUGUUUUUUUAUUGGUUAACGAAGGUUAAGUAAAGCGAUAUCUGUUA